AUGGCUGCCAUGAAAUUCUCUUUGGUUCUUUUGUUGACUUGCAUCAUCUCCCUCCAAGGCAUUCUUGCUGAUAUGAUCUGUGAGAAAAUGCCUAUAAAUUUGUGUGCCUUUUCAAUAUCAUCGUCUGGACAACGAUGUUUGUUAGAAAAUUUAAUAAAAGACGAUGGGAAGGUGGAGUACCAGUGUAAGACAUCAGAGGUGAUGGUUGAGAGUAGCAUGUCCGAGUACAUAGAAACCGAUAAGUGCGUAAAAGCAUGUGGAGUUGAUCGAAAAUCGGUUGGCAUGUCGUCGGAUUCCCUGCUUGAGCCAACUUUCACUUCCAAUCUCUGUUCCCCUGCAUGUUUCAAUAAUUGCCCUAACCUCAUUGAGCUCCAUUUCAACUUGUUUGCGGGUGAAGGGUUUUUUUUGCCUAAUUUGUGUGAGGUGCAACUGACCAAUUUUGACAACGAUCUCAACAAAUACACUAAAAUUAUAUCCCAUAUACUUCUAAAGAAUAUUAAUAAUUCAUGA